AUGCUGUUGGAACUGAUCUCAGAGGAGACGGGAUGCGAGGCCGGAGCUCUUCUCCAAGAUGGCCGAGAACUAUCAAUGUCUGACCCCGUCGGUGGAGAAGGAGUUCUGACACUAAAGCAGGCAGUUCAGGACUGUCGACCUCUGCUGUGCUGCAGGAUCCCUAACUGGAAUCGCUGUGGUCCAAGCUUCGGAGAGGGGGAGACUCACCCAAAGCUCAGCGAUGUCACGGAACCCGUCCAGGCACUAAAGGAGUGGCGGACGUGGGUGACAAGCUUAGACAGAACGGGCACACCUCAUCAGGAGGAGUGUUGGCUGGUCUACACCCACCGGGAAGUCGUUUCCUACGAAGCAGGCAGAGAUGAGCCGUUGAAGCCGUUCGGAUAUUUCCCUCAGGCACCUCUUUGGAAGCUCCCGGCAGGAACAAGGCAGUGGGGAGGUGCCAGAAGUGAUGUCUGGAGUACUUGCCUCGAGUUGCCUGUGAGACAACUAUUGGAUGAGCACGCAGCCUUAACGCUCGACAGGCCAAUACCUCGCCACCAGAUGAUCGUUGAUCCCAACCGGUUUGUUCAGCAGACGCGUGACGGUCCGGUGUGGGUGCCGUGCGAGUUUGAUGUUUCUGCAGAUGGCACCCCAUCAUUGGUGGGUGGUAUGCGGAGUCAUGCGCAUCCACGCCUUGCGCAGCAUGUUGCACGUCCGGUCCUCGCUGCAGCUCUGCCCUUGUUGGCGAAGUUGCGGCGACCGCAGCUUCUCCUGGAUGAUCGGCGGCUUCAAGUUGUUUUUAAGGCACAGCGAAUAAUUGUUCCAGGCAAUGUUGGCGACAAGUCCGAUGCGGAGUACGUGGGUUUGUGGCAUGUUGAUGCAACAACACCGAUGAUUUGGGAUAAGAAUCCCUGCAAGAGCCAGAGUGACAAGUCUGCAGCAGUGCACAACUGUCGUGUUCCCAUUGGUGAGGGCACCCUUCUUGUGUUUUCCAACUAUCAAAUGGCACACCGGGUGCUUCGGAUGAAGAACACCGGUAAAACAGAGGCUUCCCGCGACUUUGUGGCACUCUUUGUCCUUGAUCCGUCUGCGCCGGCCCUCCUGCCCGCAAGAAGCAUUCUGGCAACGCCGCACCUGCUGACACGCACCCUGGCUCCUGCAAAGAUUCCGAUUUCAGGAAUCCAGAAACUGCUGGAGUUUCUUGGGGUCUCGCUUAGCGAUGUCAUGCAGAAGAUGCAGCGCAACCAACUACUUUCGGAACAGUUGAAGCCAUCUGGUCAGUUCGCCAAUGGGGGGGAUGUCUACACGACCGGGAACGGAUGCUUUACAAUGAUCGGCUGGCUGCACAAGUUGCUCGAGCCCAUUGACGAAAGCGGUCGAUUUCUCGACGAAUGGCCAGAGAGAAACCCGAAGGGUUUUGAACGCCGCCUCAAGGCGCUGAAUCUGCCUCCCGAGGGCUCCAACCGCGGUCUCUCCGAGGUUUUGUCGCUGCCUACAGCCAAGCUGCGGCAAAGGCUAAGCAAAGGCAAACGACAAGGAAAAGGAACACACAAAGGCUACUGA